GAAGUAUUAUAAAAAAUAAAAUAAAAUAAAUCACGUCAUCAUAAUAUUAUUUCGGCUGUUAAAACGAAGGUAUGCAAUAAUUGUGUGCCACUUAAAUACUGGAACCUACGAAACGAAAACGAUACCGCUGACAAGCAGUACCUUUCCCUUCCUCUUUAUAACUUAAAUCUCUCCAUGCCAAAAGGAGGACCACAAUAGCAAGCAGAGUAGAGCAGCCAUGAAAGCUUUCCCACUUUCUUCACCUCUCCCGUCUCUUCACUCCCCAAAGUCGCUCAUUCAUGCCCAACUGCGCAAACCCAAUUUUUCAAAAUUUGGUCCUGUUCUCCUCCCAUUACUUCACAGCAGGGCACCCUCAAAAUUCAAGCUCUUCUCUUCCCCUGUUUCGGCGGAUCACCAUGUACCGCUUGAAGCAGCUGAGGGCACUGCCCUGGCCUCCGAAAGAUCGGAGAAGUUCGACUGGUACUCCCAGUGGUACCCGCUGAUGCCGGUGUGCGAUUUGGACAAGAAGGUCCCGCGUGCUCUGAUGGUGCUGGGGAUGGAUGUGGUGGUGUGGUGGGACAGGAACGAGAACGCAUGGAAGGUGUUCGACGAUAUGUGUCCGCACCGUUUGGCUCCGCUGUCCGAAGGGAGGAUUGAUCCAGCGGGAAGGCUGCAAUGCGUUUAUCACGGUUGGUGUUUUGAUGGCUCGGGAAACUGCAAGCUCAUCCCUCAAGCCCCUGCCGAUGGUCCUCCGAGGUUCAGACAAGCAAAAGGGCAUGUGUUGCAGCUUACCCAACAAUUGUGCAUCAUGACAUGGUGUGGUUUUGGCCCAACUCGGAUCCUCAGUACAAAGACAUCAUUGCGAAGGAGAAACCUCCUUACUUCCCAGAGUUGGAUGAUCCUUCAUUCACUACGGUGAUGGGGAGCCGUGAUCUUCCUUACGGGUAAAGUUAAUUUUCUCUAGAUUUAAACGGAAAACAUUGGAAGAUUCAUCAUAUAAAGGGAUUUCCUA